UUGAAUCUGAGGACCUCUCCCUGACAGCCAGCUAAAAAUCACCACACCUUUGGAAUAUUCCUGAAGACGGAAGUGAGCGCUCCUGUUUUCUCACCAAGCCUCUGAACGCAGCGCAUGCAUGUCAGUCUCCGAAUGCUUGUUUACAUGUGUUGGGUACACCUGUGAGUUAUUCCCGAAGAUAGUUCGGAGCUGUCAUUUGCCUCUGAGUAUCACCCCGUGCGGUAUGGCAGCGGCAGCGGCAGCGGAGGAUACGGAGGAGCGUGGUCGCAGCAACAGCACCAGCGGCGGGGCGGUGCAGGGAGCGCUAACAGGUGACGGCGAACCUGAGGAGGCCGAAGAGUUCACCUGUUCGGCCUACUGCUCGGAGCUCUCCCGGCGGCAGAACGAGCAGAGGAAAGCCGGACUGUUCUGCGACGUGACUCUGGUGUUCAGCUCGGGAGCCGUGCCCGGGGUCCAGACGGUAUCAGCGCACCGCUCGGUUUUAUCCGCGGCGUCGCAGUACUUCAUGCUGCUGCUGUCGGGACAGUUUUCAGAGUCCCGAUCCGGGCGAGUGGAGCUAAAGGAGUGGAGCUCGGGCACGAGACCCGACACAGACACUGUGGAAAGUGUCGUACAGUUCAUGUACACGGGAGAAGUCAGGGUGACCACUGCCAAUGUGCAUGAAGUGUUGGAACUUGCAGACAGGUUUCUGCUGGGGCAGCUGAAGACCUUCUGCGGAGAGUUCCUGAUGAGGAAGUUGAGCAUGUCCAACUGCGUAGCCGUGCACAGCCUUGCACACAUGUACACGCUGAACCAGCUCGCUCAGAGAGCCGCCGAGACAAUCAGGAGAAACUUUCACAAAGUCAUUCACAACGAGGAAUUCUUCACACUGCCCUUUCACUUGGUGCGAGACUGGCUGUGUGAUGCUGAAAUCACCGUUGAGUCUGAGCAGGAGUUGUUUGAGGCAAUCGUGAAAUGGAUCCACCACAACCCAGAGGAGCGAGAGAAGCAUUUUGAGGACCUGUUCAAACUUUUAAGGCUGCCACAGAUCGCUCCUACUUACCUGACACGUGUCGUGAGGAAGGAGCCCUUAGUGGCAAACAGUGCAGCUUGUCUGGAGCUGGUGUCCAGUGCGCUCGAGGUCCACGCUGUUCGUUAUGAGAGCCCCAAGAAGGCCGAUUCAGAUCUCGGUGACUCCUACGAGGCGACGAUCCAGCCUCGAUACGGUCAGAACAUGGAUGUGAUCAUGGUAGUGGGUGGUGUUUCGGAAGGAGGAGAUUAUUUGAGCGAAUGUGUGGGCUACUUUGUUGCUGAGGAUCGCUGGGUCAGUUUGCCACACAUCCACAACCACCUCGAUGGACAUGCUAUUGCUGUCACCGAGAAUCACCUUUAUGUGGCGGGCUCAAUGGAGCCCAGCUUCGCCAAGAUGGUGGAGCGCUACAAUCCCAACCUUAACUGCUGGGAGUCGGUCAGCAGCCUGACCACACGCAAGCACUCGUUUGGCCUCACGUGCAUCAAAGACACAGUCUACAUCAUCGGCGGCCAUGGCAACUUCAGUCCAGGUUUCAAGGAUGUCUCCAUUUAUGAACCCGAGCAGGAUAUGUGGCUCAAUCUGGAGCCAGCGCCAAAGAUCCUGCGAGAUGUCAAAACAGUGAGCGUGGAGGAUCGCUAUGUGUACGUAAUGGCCAGGACCCCCGUAGAUAUAGACAGCGAUGAUGGGUUGAGCACGGUGACCACCUGCUACGAUACAGAAAGCCGCAAGUGGCAGGAAGUGGACUUGUUACCGCUUAUUGAUACCUAUUGUAGUUUUCAAAUGGCUGUUGCAUCCAGCAACUUCUAUCACACAGCUUCCUGUUGCCCCAAAAACUACACGGUAACGCAUGAGGCUGCCCAGCAGAAAAUAAGCAGAAACAUCUCAGAGGACAUCCUCGACAGCCUCCCGUCAGAGGUCCUCAGCCUGGAGGGCGCUGCCAUUUGCUACCUGGGUGAAGACAUCUUCAUCAUUGGCGGGUGGAGGAACAGCAACCAUGUAGAAAAGCAGUACCGCAAGGAGGCCUACCGUUACUGCGCCAAGAGGAAGCGCUGGAUGCUGCUGCCGCCCUUGCCCCAGCCACGCUGCAGAGCGGCGGCCUGCCACGUUCGCAUCCCGUACCAGUACCUCUAUGGCUCCCAGCGUUACCCCGUCCCCCACAACCUGGCUCGCCAGCGAGACCGCAUGCAACAGAUGCAGCAGCUCCAUCGGCGCACCCUCAGCCUGCGGAGGCAAAUGCAGUCUCAGAUUGAAUGUUAAGAAUCAGAUAUUCUGCUUUAAGUCAUUAGCACUUCAUCUGCUGAUAAAUGCCUUGCUGUUAUCUCAAGACUUUGUUUCAGUUAUUUUAUUUUAUUUUUUUUACCUUAAUUGAGGUGAAAUGUUUGCGCCACUUUUACCUGAAGCGGGUUUGCAGUGAAGGAAGCUAUGAGUCUAAUCAUUUUUGGCCUUACAUGUUUUUAGCUCAUGCCUUACUUUUUAUCGUGCCAGCAAAUAAGACUGCUGUUGUCUUUGUUUACGAAACAAAUCACAGCUCAGCUUUUUAAACCGCGGCCUUUGUUAGCAUAGUAGAUAAAGGAUGUCAAUGUUUUCUGUGUGUGCAAAAGAAAAACAAAACAAAACGAUGUCGUGAGAAAACUUUGUGUCAGGAAGCAUACUUGACAAUGUCUAUUUAUUGUGAUGUAUGUUAGAAGGAAAUCAUGAAUUACAAAAACUACUUCAAACUACUUCAAUAGCUGACAUAGAAAAAAAAGGAUCAGCUGCUUUAACUGUUUGCUUUCCUUUCCGUUGUUGUCAUUGAGGGUUUUUUUGCACAGUAUGCAUUGGAAUAGUGAUGAUCGUAUACUCUGUGCCUAAACAGACAAUCACAAUUUCGUAGCAAGGACUGAAUAUUGACAAAAAGCACACGCUGUGGGACAGCUUGAAUUUGGAUGUGUGUGUGAUUUAUUUUAAGCUGGUCAAAAGAACAAAACCCUCUAUUUCAUAUAUACAAUUUCUGGAAAGAUGGACUAAAUACCACAAUGAUAAUCCAAGUAUCUGAUUUUGUGUUUGAAUAAGACGCUUUCCCAUUUCACAUCGCAAGGACAACCGCUAACAGAAUCAGCCAUUGAAAGCAGUAACUUUGUGAAAAUGUUUGGUUUGUGGGUUUUAAUGGACUUGUUUGGUGUUUGCUCUGCAUUUGCGCUUCUGGCAGAAUCUGUUUAGAGUUUUUGUCUUGGUGAAUGAAAGCACAUAUGGACAUUGCACUGUGGAAAGAUUUUUAAAUGUGCUUAAUACACUAAACCAGCAAGACGAUGUGUUAUUUUUGUGAAUGGUUAUCAUUUCCCCACUGUGCCA